GACUAUGUUUACAUGACACGUUGUAGACUAUCAAAUAUUGAUUGGUGUCGCAAAAUUUAGGAUCUUAUCUGUCAGUUUAUUGCACAUUUUCCAAUCAGACUGACAUUAAUCAUUAUACGCAUAGAAAUGAGCGACGUUUUAUGUGUUAUAAAUACUGGAUUAUACGAAUUGUAACAUACAUUACAAGUUCAGAUCAGACACUUGUAUUGCUAUUAAAGCCGGGGUAAUCCAGAACGGUAUUUAACAUUUAUUCACACCGAAUCAGUGUCAGAGCAUGUGAUAGGUAAAAGCUGCGAGAGUUGUAAAGCUGAAAUUAGAAAGGUUAGGUAAAACGAUUGCAUUGCAGCCCUAAUCACAGAUAUAUCGUGGGAUUAUAAAGAGAUAUAUAGCAUUGAAUUUGUGGGUACGUUUACUGGCAAAGUGAAUAAAACUUCGCAAGUUUAUCAACAGUGGUCAACAGGCUACCGCAUUGGUCAUCUUUGACCGGAACCCACUAGAUUAAAUUCAUCGACAACAGCCCCUUGGGCAGGCGACAUCACGUCCGGGGAAUAAUAAAGUUACUUUACAACAAAAGCAUUCUCAAACGUAUCAGAUAAACCCAGUCCAAAACGGAGUCGUUAUUUAUUAUCUUUAAAAUCAACAUUGUCUGUAGAUACGACUUGCUUCAUUCAAUCGGGCGCUGUGGCCCAAAACAAAAGACGCCUCUGCGAAUCUCAAUGAAAACUGGGUGCAACUAAGCGCGACGUCGCUUGCAUGAAAGAUUCACAUAAAGAUAAGACAGGACUAGCUGAUAACGAAGAAGCGAUCAGUGAAGCUAUCGGAGAUAAACAACAUUGUGGGAAAAACAAUGGAAUAUAUAGGGUAAUUGAGGAGUAGCAUUUCAAGUUUUAACGAUUUAAGUAGAAUUUCACAAUUUAACUCCUUGAUGCAAUCAAUGGAUGCGCGAUAGAGAAAAGAAACACGAUAAAAGGCCAGCAAUUUCGCGACUCUUUGUGCACGAGCCCGGUAGUGCGGUUUACAAGAGGGGAUGUGUCACACUGAGUGAAAGACGAGGAUGGUUUAUGUAUUUGCACACUUUUGUUCAAUCAGGAAAUUAAUUUUAAGCCGUGUUUCGAGAGCUGGAUGUACACACAAUAAUCGGAAUUGAUUUACUGUACGUGGAUUUCGCUAUAACAGAUCUGCCUUUGGUAUUGUCAUCCACCGUCACCAAGCCACUUGGCAGUCGACAAAAAUGCCGGUCUUCGGGGCUUCGUGUCUGUCGUUUCGAUGACGCGUUCGAUAUUUCACGUGACCGGAAGCGGAAGCGGCUACAACUUCACACCAUUUAAUGCAGGCGAAAGCCACCAGUGUGUGUUAUGGGAACGGUAUACCUUAUCGCGAGCGGCGGAAGUUUCCUGUUGGAGACCAUUUUGCAACUUUGUGUCGUCGGUACCCACAGUGGAGAAUCGGACGCACUGUUCGCCGUGUUACUAGCCUUUGUAAUGGCUCCGCUAAUUUUUAUUAAUUUCGUUUCGGCCAUUCAGGUCACUCGAACUAAGGAUUUCACGGGAAAAGGAUGUGGCAAAGCUGUCUGUAUUGGGUUCCAUUCCGUCCAAAUCGGACUGCUGUGGCGUUCGUUUAAACUGUGGAUAUUGUACGACGAAAAUGAUUGGUUGGAUUUUCUGCGCAUGCGCUUGUUUCACUCAGGAUUUCAGAGUCUUCCGUUUAGCGUUACGUUAGUGUACAGUAUGUUUGUAAACGAAUCAAAAAGCGCUCUGAAUGUUGUCACAGUUUUGUUUUCAAUGAUCUCAGCCUCCGUUGCCAUGGUAACAUUUAGAACCGGAAGUAAAGUUUACGAGUCAUCUGAAUCGGACACUCGAGCCACAAUAAACCGUUUUCGAGUUGGCACUUUUAUGUUAACUCUUAGCACGUUACUAGUGUUGGUAGCUCGAGGUGAAGCCAUAGUGCUGUUUAUUGUGGCAAAAGCAUAUUGGAUUGUGCUUCCGUUGGCAUUACAUUUCAUCGUCCAUCUUUUUAUAGAAGUGUGCAACUUUUCGUGCUCCUCGGAGGCACUAUUGGGUAAAUUAAUUAAUGCAAUUUUCAUCUCAUUCGUGAAUAUAUUCGACAUGAUAGGUCAAGGGUAUACCGGUGUGAAAUGCUCAUACGUGCUAUAUUAUUCUGUGAUGUUGAUCGAAAAUCUCGCUCUGAGUUUUUAUUGGAUGUUAACCGCGGACAACGGAAACGGUGAUCAGAACAAACUUCUUGUUGUGCUAAUAGUGAUAUUGUGUUUCGUCAUCGGAUUAAUACUUAAAUUCGCCAGUUGCGGAUGCAUAUUUAAUAUUGAAUCCGAUAUCCUUAGUGACGCAUUUAAUAAUCCGGAAUUAAAAGAAGAAAAGUUGUUUCAAAAGAACGAACAAGACAAUCUAAACGAAGGACAUAACGCUGAUGCCUGCGACCACGUGCUUUUCGAGCGCGAACUUCCGGACGAUGCGAUUGCACAUGUCAACACGGUCACAUUGACGGUAGACUCCGCUCUUCACCCAGUGGAGGUCGGUCGCCGCUCCCGACCGACGACGCUUAGUAGUUCAACGUCGUCGUCUGCAUUGACCGGUUCCGCACAGGAAUACGUCAAUCAAGGCUUCCUACGAUCGCAGGGGAAUCUGUCGGUGAGUUCCCAGCACACUCCCAGCAGCCAUACACUCUCGUCAAGGCGACGGAGUCACAAAAACUCAGGGGAAAGUCAGGAAGUUUCUUUUGAUAGCAGUAAUAAGAGUGGCAGUUUAGGCGGGAAAAGAGAAAAUACAAAUAUGGACCCUAUUUUGAACAGAGCUAAAUCGGUAUCUCCAGUAAAUAUGAAAAAUUCCAAAGAACACCUGCCUGACUUUAAGCAUAAUCGUAUAGCUACUGUUAAACCAACAAUUAUUAUAUCUGACACAAGCAAACACGACACGUUACCCAAAAAGAACAAUAAAACGCAAGCGUCCACGCUUGAGAAAGCCAGCAAUCUAACCCUGGCGUCGUCGCAAAGUAAAUACAGCAGAAACACCCACACGUUGACCGGAAGCGGGAAGUACUAUGGGUAUAACGGGUUUGAGGAUCCAUACAGGGAACAAAGGCAGCUUAAUAAAAAUCCUCGCAGCAAUUACGCUCAUGACCAUCGUCAUCAAGGUCACCCAGAUCAUUACCAUCCACGUAAUUACGCUUCGCACCAUCGCCAUUAUCAAAAUCGCCACCAAGAUCAUGCGCGUCACGGACAUCAUCGAAACAUGGACUACUCGCUGGACUCCUCGGAACUUUACCCUUCUGUGACAUCAGAUACGUCCAGCGUCUCGACGUACAAUGAACGCCGUGAGCGACGAUGGCGUAAGGACAGAGCACGUGCGCAGAGAGCAAACCGAAGGCCAAAACAUUUGAACCCUCGAGACGGCUACGCGACGGAUGUGUCAAGUUCUGAUUACCUCAGUUGUAACGAUUAUUCGAUGGGAGAUUCUGGUUCAUGGACGUCGGAGUCGUCAGAUUCUACGUCAUCAGACGGUGCGGCGACGUGGCCUCCGUCGCAAUCGGCAAAUCUUCUGAAAUCCUUCAACAUUCCGGACAAGAAAUCGUCAACGGAAAACAUAAUGCACUGGCUGGAAGCGAUGGAGCAAGAAUUCUCCGCCAAUGACGUUUCGUUUUCCACGCUCAACGAUCCGUCGGUGCCCAGCGACACCGACGUGAGUUUAAGUGCAAUGCAGACGUUUGAAGUGAAAAAGGAGAAGAAGAAAUUCCGGAAGCUUAUGUCGAAGCCAAAGGGACUCCUGCUUAAAUUCUCUAGUCUUAAUUACAAAGGGAAAGAAAAGAAAUUUCACGAAAGACCUUAUCCUUUGAAGACAGUUCGUGACCCAAAAAGCGGAGAUGGUAGUCAUGACAACUUGGGUGAAAGCUCUAAGCGCUUCCAUGACAACGGUGGUUUUGAAGGAAAAUCGUUCGACAAUAAGUCAACUUCCGUGCCUUUGCCUGUAGACAAUGUUCAGGAGUCUAUAGUAUAAUAGUGUUCUUUUAAUAGAUUUAUAUGAGUUGUUGUUGUGAUUAUUAAUUGUUUUUUUUAAUGCUAAUAGUUUCUUAAAGACAUCGUUGUUAUGUUAUAAUUAUGCUAAGAACAAAAGUGUAUAAACAUAAAAAGUU